CAGAUAUCUGAAGUCGAAAUGACGUUAAGUCCUGGCUUUCAGCUUCUUCGCAAAACUUAACAUUUGAAGUUAAUCAGAAUACCAGAAUGCAGGAGUUGGCGUGCCAUUCAACUGUGGGAUUAGAAGCUGUAAUUUCCCGGAAUGUGAUUGCCGCAAGGCAUAAACGCUCAAAGAGUGAUUCCGAAAAGGGUGCAAAGAGAGACAAGCUGGAGUGGUCACCAAAGUCUUUUCAUCAUGUUAAGUUGGACGUGGCAAUAGCUGAAGGUAAAAGUGAGGAGACUCAGAUGCCCAGGUCUAAGGUCCAAAGCUCUUUGAAGCAAGAGAUUCAACAACUUGAGAAACAUCUAAAAGAUCAGUUCAUGGUGCGACGAGCCUUGGAGAAAGCACUAGGUUACAGGUCCUCAGCCAUUGAUUCUUCAAAUGAUAGUUCAAUGCCCAAGCUAACCAAGGAACUGAUAAGGGAGAUUGCUGUUCUCGAGUUUGAAGUCAUGUAUUUAGAGCAGUAUCUGCUCUCGCUCUACCGGAGAGCUUUUGACCAGCAAAUUUGCACAUUAUCUCCCUCUACAAUGGAUGAAAGAUCAAAACAAUUAUUAUGUUCCCUGUCUGGACACCCUCACGAAGUUGCAAAACCUGACAUCUCAUCUAUGAGAGGUGAUUCAGCAGCUCAACAUAGUCAGAUGGUGUUGCCAAGAAAGUCAUUUACCAAUUCAUCAUAUGGAACAUGUUUUGCUGGGUACCAGCAUAAACUAAAUGGGCAUGGUGUUGAUCGCAGCCAUUCUUCGAUCUUGCAUCAUUCUUGUUUUUCAGCUAGAAUGUCCCCAGCUGCAGAAAAUCUAUGUGGAUGUCCUCGAGAAUGCCACUCAGAGCCUUUGUCCCCGCUUGAUCAUGGACAAAAUCCAGCUUCAGGUGUCAUAAGCCUCGCUGAAUAUCUCGGCACCAACAUUGCUGAUCACAUACCUGAAACACCUGGUAAACUCUCUGAAGGCAUGGUUAGAUGCAUGGGUUCCAUCUAUUGUAAGAUAGCAGAUCCUCCUCUGGUGUCUCAGGGUCGUUCAUCUUCUCCUACAUCAUCUUUCUCGUCGAUGAGUGCAUUUUCCCCCCAAUACGUAGGAGAUAUGUGGAGUCCUGGUUGUAAAAGAGGAUCAACUCUUGAUUCACGUUUAGAAAAUCCAUUCCGAGUUGAGGGACUGAAAGAGUUUAGUGGCCCAUACAAUGCAAUGGUGGAAGUACCAUCCAUAUGCAGAGAAAAUCUGCAACUUCCUGAUGUUGAAGAGACACUUCUAAAGUACAAAUCACUUGUUCGUCAAUUGGAAACUGUUGAUCCAAGAAAGAUGAAUGCUGAUGAAAAACUUGCCUUCUGGAUUAAUAUACACAAUGCAUUGAUGAUGCAUGCAUAUCUGGACUAUGGGAUUCCCCAAAACAUCGUGAAGAGGGCAUCCUUGUUUACCAAGGCUGCAUACAGCAUAGGAGGUCACUCUAUCAACCUCGACACAAUUCAGGGUCUGAUUCUAAGAUGCCGGACACAUCGACCCGGCCAGUGGCUUCGAGCAUUACUUUCCACGAGGACAAAGUUGAAAGCUGGAGAUGAUUGGCUGGCCUAUGCUAUUGAGCAACCGGAGCCACUUAUACAUUUUGCUCUCUGCUUGGGAAACUAUUCUGACCCUGCGGUUAGGAUAUAUUCCUCAAGGAGAUUGUACCAACAACUUGAAACGGCAAAAGUGGAGUAUAUUCGUGCAACUGUUGGCAUUCGGAAGGAGCAGAAGAUCCUACUGCCAAAGAUUAUAGACUCUUUUGCUAAAGAUAAAGGAUUGUGUUUGCCAAGCUUGCUAGAUAUGAUCCAAUUGUAUCUUCCAGAGACUCUGCGAAUGGUGAUGCAAAGAUGCCAACAAAGGAAAUCUCAGAAGAUCAUUGAAUGGGUUCCUCAUAACCCCAGCUUCAGAUAUUUACUGUCAAGGGAAUCGGCGCUUCCUCAGGUGCAUUGAAAGUUGAUACUGGGGCGCCUUGGAUUGUUCUACCCCAAAAAAAAAAUAUAAAGUAUACACGUUGCUGACUGAUGCUAAGAUAUGACAAGAUAUGGUACUGUGGUGACCAUAUCUGGACAUAUCUUGACUAGUUGUAUGUAAUGUAGUUGUACUGGAGCUUAGUUUGCAGUACUAAUGAAAA